AUGCAACAAAAAAGAUAAAAAAAGUAUGUUUAUAUAUAAAAAUUAGAUUAUCAAGAAGUCCUUAAAGAAAUCCUUAAACAACCAAUACUACUCAUAUAAGUAAUACAACUCAUAACUCUCCAUAUAAGUUUUCUAAGAAGAGAGGUACUUCAGUAACAAUUCCAACGGAUUCAUAUAGAAUUGGGAGAGGAGAAAAAGUUGAGAAACGUAAGGUUUCUAAAAUAUAGAAAUUAACUAAUAAUGAAAACAAUAAUUUUGUAAAGAAAGAGUCAAAGUUAAAGAUUAUACAAAGAAGAUAGUAAAUAGGUUUGGAUUUCUUAAACAAAAUUCCAAAAAAAAGUAUUUAAUUGCUCCUUCAAAGUAUGGCUUCACUCUUAGUAUAUAGGAUAAAAAACUUAAGGGCUUUCGCUAUUUAAGCACAGCAUCCCUAAAAAUGCUUAAAAUUCAUUAAAUUGUAGAUUAAAUAUAAAGUAGAAAAAUUAAUUACAUCAGUAGUAUAAAUAAAAUGAAUAAAUGAAUAGAAAAAAGGAUACAAAAAAAUAAUUGCAAAAUAGUCAAAAUAUUUUAAAAAGUAAAUGUAUAUUAAAUUAUAGAAAGUAAAUCAUAAUAAAGAUGCAAAAAAAGGAGUAUAACUUCAAUAACUUAAAAGAAAUAACUUACUCAAAGAAAUUCUAGUUCCAAGACUAAAAAUGAGAUUACAACUUAACUAACUGGUUAUGAAGGAGAUUUGUUGGAAAAAUAUAAAUAAUUAUAAGCUCGAUAUUCAAAAAUAUAUUAAACUUUUUUUGAUGAGAGUAGUUGUGUACAAUAUUUGACAGAUACAGAUCCAAAUUUAAUGCCUUCUUAACCAACUUCGAAUAAACAGUAACAGGUUUUAAUUGAAGAAUUUAUAUUAAAUAGAGAUGAAAUUAAUUAUCUAAAAGAAUUUGGCAUUCUCGAAAAUGAAUUAAAUAGAAUGCAUUCUGCAGCAACUAAAAUUUAAAAGGUUUGGAGAGGAUUUAUUACAAGAAAAUAAAUAUUGGAUUAAUAAUUCGAAUAAUAUUAUUAUAAGAAAUCAGAAAUUUUUAAUGAAGAAACAUUCAGAAGCUAAUUUCGUUUUGAAAAAGAUAAUCAAUCUAUUUAAUAAGGCAAGGAAUAAACUUUAAAUUAAAUUACAUAUUAAAAUAACCAUAAUUUUAAUUAAGAUUUGGAAUCAUACAAAAAGGAAAUAUAGGAAUAAAAAAAUAGUCCAAAGAUUUCUGAUAAAUUUGUUAAGUAUUAAAAAAUGAAAUGGCAAGAACUUCUUAAUUAUAUAUCUUAAUUACAAAGUCAAUCUUAGGAAAAAACUAUUGAUGAGAUUCUUAAAGAUUUAAAAUUAUUUACUUAAUAAUGCUUUUAAGAUUGUUCUCUUAGCAGAUUUUAAAUUAAGAAAUUAGAGAUAUAAGUUCCAUAAUUUUCAUAAGAAUCUAUAGUAAUGAGUGAAAUUCGAUAAGCUAUGUGUUCUGAAAGAUUAAUUAGAUAAUUACUUACUUCUUCAAUAAAAAUAGAGAAUGAAUAAAUUUUUGAAGAAUAACCAUUUUAUAAGUUUGCUUCAAAAAAGAUGGAUGAAAUUAUGAAUAGAUCUUAAAUAGAUGAUUUAAUAAAAAUGAGAUAGUUAAUUGUGUAAGAAAAAUAGAAAUCCUAAUAAUAGGCUUUAACCUAAUAAUUUGAAUAAAAAUUAAUUUCUCCUAAGACUUUCAAAGAGAAAUAUUAAACUUUAGAAAAAUGGGUUAAUAAAUAAAAUGAAGAUAUUGAAAAUAAUAAAAUUAGUUUUGAAAAAGGAUGGUAAGGAUUAUAUAAUACUUUUAUUUAAACUGAAAAAGAACUUAAAUUUUUACAGUAAUAAAAGUAUUUGUAAUAUUCUCAACUUUCAAAUUCUUAGUAGUUUAUUAAUUAUUCAAUUUCUGCUUUCUCAGAUUCUGGCUAUAAAAAAUCUAUAUAGGAAUUAUCAAAUUAAAAUGAAACUAUUUUUGUUAAUAAUUAAACUGAAGAAUUUGAGAAUAAUCGUUUAAAAACUCAUACUUCUACUUCUUAAACUCCUGAUGAAAAGAUUAGAUAUCAACAUUCAGAAAAUUAUCAUGAAACUAUAGAAUGGAAUGAUGAAUAAUUAUUGACUAGUCUAUAAAACAAUUAAGAAAAAGAUUCAAAAAUAAAUAAUGUUGUUAAACAUACUCCUUAAAAAAGUUUAGAAUAAGCUGAGAUAGAUUAUCUUCACUAAGAAGUAUCAUUUAUUAAUAUGAUAGGUUUAAAAUGAGGAAUUAAUUUGGCUGAAUUAUGAUGAAUUUAAAUUUUAUAUACUUAUGGAUAUCUCUAAUUUGGUUUUUAAUGAAUUAAUAGAGGAAUUUGAAUAUGAAUGUAUAUAAAAAUAAUUUUGA